UUUCUAGUUUUUUUUCAAAUGAUGGCGUCCAAGAUGAAGGAUCGCAAGAAAACUCCUGUUUCUCACAAGGUCAUUGAGAAAAGAAGAAGAGACCGAAUCAACAGAUGUCUAAACGAGCUGGGAAAGACAGUUCCUAUGGCACUGGCUAAACAGAAUUCUGGGAAACUCGAGAAAGCAGAAAUCCUGGAAAUGACUGUACAGUAUCUGCGCGCGCUCCACUCCGCAGACUUCCCGCGCGGGAGGGAAAAAGGAGAACUGCUGACAGAGUUUGCGAAUUACUUUCACUACGGCUAUCACGAGUGCAUGAAGAACCUCGUUCACUAUCUGACCACCGUGGAGCGAAUGGAGACCAAAGACACCAAGUACGCACGGAUCCUCGCCUUCCUGCAGUCCAAAGUCGUUACCGAGCCCGUGUUUGGCUCGUUAGGCACCAUCUCACCAGACCCUACGGACCUUCUGUGCCAGCUGGAGUACCAGAGUCCAAGUCCAACCGAGUCAAUGUUUCAGCAGAGCCCUCCCGGACACUUUUCCUGGCACAGCUCGGCGCGGAGCCCCACGCUCGCGUACCCAGCGAUGUCUCAGCACAGCGGAUACUUGUCACCGGUUCAGGGACUCGAUCACCAUUACAUGAACUUCAUCGGGCACUCACACCCACACAAUGCCUUCAGCUUACACAAUGCACAACACGCUGCUCUGUAA